AAACAUCAUACAUCACCGACCAAGCGGGCUGUCCUAUCAACACAAGUGACGGCCUCCUCUGUUAGAGAAAGGUCAGCUCUCUAUCUGUCAAGAGCAACGUCCAUCGAGUCCAUUGGAGGUUGGACGCAACCAGGUGUGACUGGCACUUCACUUACGAGGACUAAAAGCAAUAAGAUGGCUGACACAGCCAGGAAAGUCACAGUUUCGAAAUCAUCUCACGAUGAAGACGACCUACCUCUCCCACCUCCUCCUCCUCCCCCUCCUGGACCAGCCAGGUCCAUUGACGAUGAAGGUCCCAAUAACCUCCCCAUGCCUCCACCUAAAGAAACCUUCUCCACAUACUACCAACAACGGCAGAAGACUGAACUGAAACGUCUCUUCAAACACAUCCACCCGAACAUUCUUGGAGAGCUUGGAGAUGCUGUGGACGACGAGAUCAUGAAAGCGGUGCAGCUGAACGACACAGAAGCAUCAGACGACGUAGCAAACCAGGGCGAAGUGCAGUCAAUGAGGUGGAUCUUUGAGAACUGGAACCUGGAUAGUAUCGGAGAUCCUCAUGAAACUAAGAAGCUGCUACAUGAGGAGGAUGUAAGCGGUGGAAACGUCAAAGGAACGUCCUCCAUGUUUGAGUACAAUGCUAGCAGACAGCAGACAUACGCGGAACGUCAAACGUCUGUGAGAGGGGACGUGAGAACAUCUACCUGGUUGUUUGAAACCCAGCCUUUGGAUUCUCUUAAUAAAAAAGAAGAUAACGAGCUAGUCGAAGCCGUGUUGAAAGACGCAAUCCAGCCAGGAGAUGUUAGCGGGACUCGGUUGCUUUUUGAAACGAAACCCCUAAGCGACCUCGGACGCUGUAACUCAAUUGAAGACCAUAACUUUCUAAAACUGAGGUCCGAGCUCCAGGAACAAAAAGGAGACGUUCAGAAAACCGUGAAACUCUUCCAGGCAGAAGAACCUCGAUGUGCCAUCAGAGACAAAAACGGCAACAUCCAUUCCGUUAAAUCCAUCUGUAGGGAGGAGAUCAAAAACGGGAACACCAGCUCCGCACGUUGGUUAUUUGAAACCCAACAAUUGGACCCGAUUAAAAACCGAACCGAUGGAGUGAAAAUAAUUCGGGGUAUAUCUCUGGAGGAACGCCACCGAGGUGCAACAGACGGAAAAAGAUGGAUGUUUGAAACUCAGUCCUUUGACGACAUCCGAGAAGUUGUAGUGGACCAAUUUGAGGUUGACGUUCCCAACAAGACAAAGCUCUUCGAGAUGCAACCGUUGGAAACGCUAAGAGGAAACUCAGAGGAAAAGUAUUUGGAGAAAGAAAACAUCAUCGGAGGAGACGUGAAGACCUCGUUGUGGUUGUUCGAAACUCAACCAAUGGAGACUCUGAAUGAUAGCUACCAAGUCGGUAGUUUGAAGAAAGUGACCGUUUCAGCGGAUGAAACGGGAACGGUCCAAGACAAGAAGAUCAUCUUCGAGAACUGCGGCGGCGUUGGAACCGGCGUCUACGGAAAAGAACAAGACAUCGAAAAAGGUGACGUUCGAGGAUUCAAACAACUUUUUGAAACAAUUCCUCUGAGUAAGAUUUCUCAUUUUGAUGAGAACUUCGAGAAAGAAAACCCCACAUCGGAAGAUGUUCCGUUGUACGCCUUAAAAGACAGCUGUGGAAAUUUCCACGAGGUAACAACAGUCAACCGUGAGGAAUUAAUCCACGGAAAAGUGCAGAACUACAAAUGGAUGUUCGAAACCAAGCCUUUAAAUGAGUUCACGGAUGGAAAAGAAAACGUCGAGGUCAUCAAAGGCAUCACCAGACAGGAAGACACAACCGGUGACGUCAAGUUAGCAAAGUGGAUUUUCGAAACGCAGACAAUCGACGGGAUUCAUUCCAAGUUCAACCACACGGAACCGAGCGAUUCCCUUGGAGUCGAACCUUGUAAAGGCAACGUCAAAACAUGCAAAUGGCUUUUCGAGACGCAACCGAUGGACGUUUUGUACGAUAAAUCAGACCGAGUUAAAGACACGGAAACCGUGGACAACCCAAAAGUCAAGUCCAUUACGUGGCUUUUUGAAUCCCAACCGUUGGACCACAUCGGAGAAGGUGAGGACUACAAUCUAAGACUCUGCGUCAAACCUGAGACCGGACUUCAAACAGCUAAACAUCUGAUUGAAACCGAGACCCUGGACAGACUUCCGAAUGACCCACAUUCAGACCAAGACCUAAGAUGUGUCAGUCAAGUUAACGUCCAAUCAGGAGAUGUCUCAAGAGUCAAAGAACUUUUUGAAUCCCAGUCCCUGGAUGAAAUCGGAUCAGAGAUGUCAUACGAUGAACGGAAUCAUGACGAUACCAUCCGUAAGGGAUCGGUACACAAAUUCACAUGGUUGUUCGAGAACUGUUCCGUUAGCACGAUCAACAAGGACGACGGCGACGGCGAUGAUGCGAAUAAACAAAAAUUUUCCGAAGAUCUGAUUGGAGAUGUGAAGAACAAAAAGUUUAUAUUUGAAACCUCAUCACUGGACCAAAUCCACCAGAAAGCACUUGAACAGAAAUCAGUAUCUGUUGAAGAACCGAUCAGCGAUAUUGAUGUCAAGUCCAGCACCAUGAUGUUCGAGUCCCUGCCGCUGUAUGCCAUUCGGGACAAAGAAGGACAAUUCCAUGAAGUGACGACUGUAAAAAAGGAGGAGAUUUUAAGCGGUGAUGUUCGAGGAGCCCGAUGGAUGUUUGAGACCAAACCACUUGAAGCCAUCAAGGCGGAGAACGAAGUUUACGUGAUCAGAGCCGUCACUCAAGAGGAUGUCGAGAAAGGAGAUGUUAAAUCAGCCAGAUGGAGGUUUGAAACCCAACCUCUGGACUCCCUUACCUGUCGAGAAGAACCUUCGGUCAAAGUCAUUGAAGACUUCGGGAGCGGUAAUGUGCAGCUCAAUAAAAAAAGGUUCGAAUCCGAUGACUCUAACAAGUUCGUAAGGAUGGUCAGCGUCACAGAUGUUCAGCGUGGUGAUGUCAGGACCUCCACUUGGCUUUUUGAGAAUCAAACCAUCGACAGUCUCAAGGGAGAACCUGAAGACCAAAAUCCGGUUAAAACAGUCUUCAGAGAAGACAGCCAGAAAGGAGAUGUGAAACGUUGUACUUGGUUGUUUGAAUCCCAACCUUUGGACAAAAUUAAGCAACAUGAAGAAACCUCAUUCCGAGGAACGGAUGAGAAGAUACCAAAAACUGAUGUGAAGUGCACAACCUGGCUCUUUGAAACAACUCCACUGGACAAAAUCACAUCUAGUAGCAUCACCGACACGUUGGUGUACUUAAACGAAUUACGAUUAAUUCACUCAGGUGGCAUCAUAAUCGAAGCAAAUGAAAGCGGGAACGUUACCAUGGCAAAAUUCCAUCUCGGAAACACAAACGAAGUCCAAAUCCAGAAGGAAGAAGUCGUUGAAGGCAACCUCAGGAACAUUAUUCUCCAGCUCUUACUAAAACCAACCAACCCAGAAGUUAAUCUUCUCAGAGAAACGGAAAAAGGUCAACUAAACUCCACCGUAGUUGAACUCCCGAUUUACGAUUCAUCGACAGCGAUUACUCUGGAACGAGAUCAAACAAUACAAAACAUCGUUAAGAUCAUCGACGAAGAAGAUACGAACUUCAAGAACGGAAUCCUUAUGCAAGAGACUUCUGGAGGACAAGCACAGAUGUUUGUUUAUUCGCUUAUUAACCACAACGAAACUAAAACGAAAAAUCCUGCUAUUGAAAAAGGAGACGUGAAGUCGGCGAUUGGAAAUUUGUUCGCCAUCGCCCACGGACAAAAAUCAUCCACGUCUUAUCGAAUCAACGAAACCGAGAAAGGGAACGUGAACUUAUACAAAAGUUGUAUCGAGAAAGGAGAUCUGAACUUCCUGAGAAGUCUCCAUUCUGAGGUACCGGAAGAUGAAGAUGAAGUGAAGUUUUCCAAGGAGCAAACUACAAUCCUUCAAGGCGAUAUCAGGGAAGCUAAGAAAAGUCUUUCCCAACAACGGGACCUGAUAGAACGAACUAUUUCCGAUGUUCUUCCGGGCGAUGUGAAGAACACUAAGAAAGUAUUUUCAUCAGAGUGCGCCUUUGUUGUUGAAAACUCUAUUCCGAGGAAUGAAAUAAUUCCCGGUGAUGUUUCAACAGCUAAGCAACAACUUGCGGUAAAACCGGCAUUCCUUAUGGAAAAAGAGGAAAUUGUCGCCGGUGACGUUAAAGCAACGAUGCAAUCUUUAGAACGUGCGAAGCAACAGAGCAUGCACACCGACCGGGAAGUCGUCACACCUGGAACUAUUUACGAUAUGGACUUAUCUAAUAAAUAUCCCGAAACUGAAGAACUCCAAGAAUUCCAAAAAGAGACCAUCAUAUGUGGAGAUGUAAAAGCAGCUAAAAAGUCCUUGGAAAACGCUAAACAGCAAAGCAUGAACCUAGAACGGGAUGUCGUCGUUCCUGGGAAAAUAUACAAUUUAGAAGUCCCGGCACAGGAAGGAAGCUCAUCAGCGGUUACGCAAUCAUCUCCCUCCGGAAGCCGACAAGUCAAGACUUAUCUGAAGGUCAGUGAUGCAGUGAAAAGUUUGGAAAAUGUUCCCUUAGAUGCCUGCAAACCGGGAACUGUAUCCCAUUGCGAUGCAGUUAUAGUCAGUAAUAAUAAGCCUUUAUUAAGCUACGAAUUCAAUGGUGUGACAUCAACACAUGAUGAUCCAGAAGAUGUUAUUAAAGGAGAUAUAAAAGCUGCGAUUAGAUCUCUGCAAAGUGCAGCAACGGAGCAGAAGCUCCCAGAUAAAGAAGACAUUAUAGGAGCUAACAUUCACCUAGCGCUGCAAUCGCUUGAGAAGUCUAAAGUAAACAUAUCCAAAGGUGACUUUAAAUCCGCAAUGCUGUACAGGAAGUCAGGUUGUUCAGAGAGGAGUGUUGUGGUUCCUUUGCCUCCAUCUGACACAACGUUGUCUCCUUCAAUUUCAGUAACCUGUGAAGAGAAACCAUCCGUCACGACACAUCACCAUUCGGUAGAAAACCAAGCCAGUUCUGAAGUUGGAACCGUUACGCCGCCGCGACAAAAGCCAGCGUUGCCACCAAAGCCACAUUGGACCAAACCUAAGAUUGGAGAUCAUCUGACUUAUCAAAACGCAAAGAAACAUCCCAGUAAUGGUUUCAUUCAGGAGACCAGAUGUUCGGAUUCCCAAAUAACAAAGUCAAACACCACCGAACCUACGAUUGGAGAUCAUCUGACUUAUCAAAAUGCAAAGAAACAUCCCAGUGAUGGUUUCAUUGAGGAGACCAGAUGUUCGGAUUCCCAAAUAACAAAGUCCAACCCUACUGAACCGAACAUGGAAAGAAAUGUCAUACAAAAAAUCAACGCAUCAGAGGAGAUCCAAAAGUCCAUAAAGGAUCAUGAAGACAAUACCAAGCAUGAAAUGAACAAGAGCUUGAAGGAUGCUUUGAAGAACUUCAACAGAACGGGCUCUGAGACCUUGAAUAUAAAAGCCAAUUUCUUACCCUCAAAGAAAAUGCUUAAAGAUCCAAAGAAACCGACCCUGAACACAACCGUCGCUCAAAAUUCCAAACCAAAGUCGUCAACCGGUGUCAAUCCGCUCAGCGACAUCGAUAAUAAUCCAGAUAGUCUAAGUCAAAUCCAAACAAAAAAUAAAGUCGUUUUAAGGGAGAAGAAAGUAAAGGAGACCGAAGACGAGCGACGACAGAGGCUCUCCGUGCACAAGGACGAGAUCAUGACCGGGAAUGUGAAGGCCGCUAUGGAAAUCUUCGAAAAUAUACGGAAACGAGAAGAACUAAAGGGAAUUUUAUCUCAGGUCCAAGAGAUAGAAAGCGAAAGCAGUAACGUGGACAUGAGCUCACUGAAGACUUUUUACAAUACCGUCCCGGCUUGGAUGGUGUCACCAAGUGAAGAUCCAAAAAAAGUACAGAAGAAAGUAGAAGUCGAGACACAGGAUGAUGAUCUGGAGAGCGUUUCAUCCGUUGAAACCGCGUUUGAAGAUUUGGAAAAGGCAAGUAAGGAGAUAUUGAAUCUGAAGGAACAGACUUUAGCGAAGCUCCUUGACAUCGAGGAAGCCAUCAAAAAAGCUCUCUACUCGGUUUCUAAUCUAAAAUCCGAGGCAGACAUUGCAGGGUUGUCGGGACUUUUUGACGAAUCCUUGAAAUCGGAUGUUCAACCUGGAAACAAGCUUAGGAAAAUCAGCAUUGGGACAACCAAGGUUAAAUCGUGUCAAAGCAACGAACGAAUAAAUCGACCCAGUCCUCCAAAGAAAGAAUCGCCAAAGCUCAUUCGAAAGUCCUCCUCCCAGUCGUCCCCUUCGUUUAUCUCCAUUCAUUCCGCUGCCAGAAGACCUUCUCAACAACACAAACCCACCAUGUCCACAUUUAAACCAACCCUGGAAGACAAAGUUCAAAGCAGUGAAGAUGAUCCGACCCAAACGUCUUCUAACAUCCCAUCAAAGCGCAAUGUCAGCGUGCUCGAGGUUCAAAAACUUCCCAAGGAACCUUCAGGAAUCGUUGGUACAAAGACCGUCAGUGAAACCUACGAAGAAACUGACGGCUUUGGAAACAGUUUUGUGUCCUCGGUGAAGUCUACGUUUGUCACCACGCGGUCUGACGGUCAAACAGCCGCUCUGUUCGAGGUGGUCGGGAACCCAAGCAGAUACGAAGUCACGACAUCUCCAUUACCACAAAGAUCUACUUUCCAACCUGAGGAUGAGAAGCUGCGUCAGAAAGAGAUGUUUGUAACGUUUAGCCAACCGCCCAACAAACAACACUGAACAAACCCAUCUCAAUUGUAGUCUUUGAAGGAUAACAUAUUCAUUCUAUAGAUAUAAAAACAGAUAAAAAAGUGCGAGACACACCUAUGCCGCCUACAAAGACUGCUGUUAAAACAACCGCCAAAACCCUCAACUAUAACCAUGGAACAGGUGCAUUCAUGACAACAUGUAAUACUUACAGUAUUUGGUUGUAUUUUGGUCCUUUACCUGAGCAUUAGCAUUAGCAUUACAUUAGCAUUGGACACAUUUCAAAACACAAAAAUAAACACACAGAAGCAAAUGUAAAAUGUAGCGUUACCUUCGGUUGUGAUGUGCUGCAGGCUAGCGGGGGGCAAAACCGUUCAUUUCAGUGAUCCGGAUCAGUCCGGUUCAUUCAGUUAAAAGAUCCGUUCAUUUCAUUCAUUUCGGUAAUUUCAGUCAAUUAGUCGUUAGCCUGUGAUCUACCCCUGUGAAUAGACCUGGUCAGCCAUUUCAAGUCAGUUCGUUCGAGUCAGUGGGGGGCAAAAUCAUUCAAUUCAGUGAACCGGAUCAUUCUGGUUCAUUCAGUAAAAAGAUCCAUUAAUUUGCUUUCAUUUUGUUCAUUUCAUUAAUUUCAGUCAAUUAGUCGUUAGCCUGUGAUCUACCCCUGUGAAUAGACCUGGUCAGCCGUUUUGAGUCAGUUUGUUCGAGUCAGUGGGGGCCAAACCAUUCAUUUCAGUGAACCAGAUCAUUCCGGUUCAUUCAGUAAAAAGAUCCAUUCAUUUCGUUCAUUUCGUUCAUUUCGUUCAUUUCGUUCAUUUCGUUCAUUUCGGUCAUUUUGGUCAUUUCAGUCAAUUGGUCGUUAGCCUGUGAUCUCCCCCUGUACAUAGACCCGGUCAGCGGUUUCGAGUCAGUCCGUUCACUCAUGUUCACGUUCAUUCCGACUCAACUAUCUAAAAAAAAAAAACAAAAAACAUCGCAACAACACGUGAUGAAGUACCUUGAAAUCAGAAGUAUUAUGACAGUCCUCUGGAUCUGAGCGUCUCAGCUCCCCAGUCAGAAAGACGGUCUCGGCGUGACGAUAGGAUGAGACAGGCAAGCACACAGAUCGUCCCGCCCUGCAAAAGGAACAAUGAACUGACUCUCCAGCCAAUCAAAAAAAAAGCAUUUGCAACUGAACAAACUGAACGGGUAUUUUAGGGGCGGUGGCCUCGUUCAUUCCGUUCACAAAAAAGUAAAACUAGUUCUUUUGACCCGUUCGUUCAUGGUAAAGCAACUUGCUAGCUGGCUAUUAGUUAGCCUAUGUGGUGUGGCAAGAUGUCACAGUGCUAGUAACAUAGUUCGAGUGUUUUUUUGGAGUUUUUUCAGCAGGAUUUAUAGGCGGAAUAUGUGUUUCCCAAGAUUGAGGAAGAUGGCCAAAAUGUUUUCCUUUAAAAACCCACAUUUUGUAUUUGUUUUAUCCAGUUUUGUUCACUCUAAAAUCUCAACUUAUGUAGUGAUGGAUAUGUUACGUUUUUAUUCAAGAAACAUUUGUCUUAGAAAUUUUAUACUGUACUCUAUUAUAUAAAAUGUAAACAAAAUAGCUGUAAAGUGUUGUGUAAAUUGUUCAAUAAAUUACAGUUUAAGAAAAAAAAUACGUUCUUCUUGUGUUCUAUGAGAUUCACUGAAUGGAUGGAUAUCCGCACACACAAGUUUGUUGAUGAACUUGACAGUGAAUAUUAAUAAUAAGGGGUCGAUGUGAGGGAUUAUGACAUCAUACCGAUA